CGACCUUGACGCAUUGUACAGCAGUUCUAAAAUAUGUCCUUCACUAGAGUGUGUAGUUUUGUAAAUAUCAGGGUUGCACAGCACUUCAAUGAGCCAACAAAAUUAUGGACCAGGGGAAUGUGUUCGCGUUUGAUGGUACAGAAUGACAUCAACAAACCGAAUUUACAAUCAGUCCCACAUACUAAGAAAGAAUAUUUGGAAAAAUUGCUGCUUCAAUCAGAUUCUCCACAAAAUGCGCGGGUCUUAAAAAUUGCUGUUAUAGGUUGUCCGAAUAGCGGAAAAUCAAGCCUAGUUAAUAUGCUUACAAAGUGGAAAGUUUGCGCGGUAUCCGGAAAAGCACAUACAACACGGUCUAAACAAACAGUAACAUUUUUCCAAGACAAUAUCCAGUUGGCCUUUGUUGAUUUACCUGGACUUGUAAAUAGAUCAAAAGUUUCCAGGUUUAAAUUGGAAAAAACUUUUAUUCGAGAUCCACAUUCGGCUGUUUUCGAUUCUGACUUGAUUCUUGUGGUUGUCGACGCAAGUCACAAAGAAUCCCGUGAAGCACUGCAUGAAGAAGUUGUAAAAGCGUUACACUUUUUCAACGAUAAAGAAUCCAUUCUUGUGUUGAAUAAAAUUGAUAAAUUGUAUACAAAUCCAACAAGGCUGUUAGAUGUUACAAGAAAACUAACUGGGGGCGUUGUGCAUGGUCGCCGUUCACAUGUGGAUAAGUAUGCUGCCAGAUUUAAGCGUCGAGCAGAAUUAGAAGACAAAGCACAUCAUCUUAUUCCACCGAACGAAAUUAUUGCAUCUAGAUUACCUCCAAUAUGCCACGAAACAGCUAACAAAUUCCUUCAGUACAUCAAUAAUUUACGUGCUCAGAUCGAAACACCACAAGUUGAGUUAAUCAAAUCAGACUCCAAACCGCUUCUAGAAGAUGUAAAACAAGAAAUAUCCCAACCAAAGUCUGGUGAUUUCAUGAAAGACCGUCUAUUAACAGAAGUGGAUAAAGAGAAUAUUGAUGCAUUUUUCAGUGAUUAUCAACCGUACGAAAAUGAGAAUCAACAGUUUCAGAAUGAAAUCCAGACGCUUCCAACUUUGUUUAAAAGUGACAAUAAUGAUGUCCUAGAUGCAGAGAGUGAUACGACAUGUGUAGAUUCAAUGUUAGAAACAUUAAAGCAGCAACUGUUGCUUCAAGUAGCAUCACCUGAAGAGGUAGCAAAUCGUCGAAAACGAUGGUUGGAAAUAACAAGAGCGACCAAAGGUAUUACUCAAUGGUCAGGAUUUAGCGAAGUUUUUAUGGUAUCUUCAUUUAUGGGUGACGGGAUAGAUAAACUGAGGGUAACCUACCGACUUUUUCACAUAUAUUAAAUGGGUUUUAUUCUGAAUUAGUGUAUUUUGUAUAAAGGUUAUUUUCAUGCUAAUAAAACAAAUGUCAACAACACCGAUUUUAUUCCUUGAAAUUUUCCAACCAUUUCAGGAAUGAUAACUUAUUCCGAUUCAAACACUUUCCACAGUUGCAGCCUUAGGAUAGAUUUGUGCUAAGUAUCUCUGUUGAAAAAAACCCUGGAUUCACUAGUUUAGACACAUGACUUUCAGAUAUUGGUUUCCGAGGGUGACUGGAUUCUUGGCCCCUUAGCACGCUGUCAUGUGUUGACGCUUUCAUCCUCAGGGGCACAAAGAAAAGUAAUUUAUGAUGACUAAGUAGUACAAAAUGUAUAAAAUAUUAAAUAUCAAGAUGAAGAGAAUACAUUGCCACUGGUUCUAAACAUUAUGAACCAAGCAACUGGAUCAAUUAGGGGACACAGAUGAUUCAUAUAAUAAUGACAACUCGUAAACAGUCGUGCACAUUCACAACCUGAGAAUGCAGCAAUUGAAUUUGCUCUACUACUUUGUUGUUAAGACUAAGUUAAAGGAUCCUUAAUUAGUAGACUAAAAUAAUCAUCUCUCUGAAUUAGAGUUUCCACAUCGCAACACAUCCCUCUAACAAAAUCUGUAGCAUAGUUCAGUGAAAAUUCCUAUUCGAUUACACACUUUUACAACUACUCGACUACACCACAUCGUGGAUGAAACGUCAUCACAUUUUUUUGUUACUUUCAUAUAUGAACUGUUUUGUAUUGCUUCUAUCGUCUCUGUACUUCUCUGUCUUUACCGUUUUGAGUUGCUAAGUAGUUACUUACAUGAAUUUGUUUUUCAGUACGAUACCUAACGCUGGUACGUACAGAUUGAUACAAGUUAGGUUUCAGAGAUAUCUAAAGAAGCUCUUGGUGCAAUGCUUUGGAUAAAUUCACCAUUUUUCUGCUCGAAAAGUACGUCACGUAUGUGCUUAUGCAGGAACCUUGUGGUAUCGGCGUCCACUCUAGUUGGUGUCUCAUUUAGUACUAAAGCAGGGACUGUCGUAAUUAAGUGGAUCUUCACUAACAGUGUUUAGUUUGCUGUCAUAACCUAGUGUUACAGUUAAGUAUGAUAUAUAGUUGUAUUCGACGAUAGUUCCUGGUUCAAGCUAAAGAACUGUUCUAAUUGUGUGAGAUGGUAUGUAAAUUGGAAGUGUACCGUAGCUAUGGAAUGAGGCCAUUAUUGUGAUUACUUUUUUGUUUUUAAAAGGCCUAAUUUAACAGUCAUUGUAACAGUCAUCAGAGUAUUAGUCCGUUACCAGUUUUACUUUUCAGGCUUCGCAAAACUAAUUAGUGAAGUGCAGGCAGACUUUCAUGCAGAUCGUGCAUGCAUUGGUUAUGUGUUCACCUUUCCGAAGUUGAAGGGCACCAUUAUAUCGUAGCCAACAGUCGUAUUUUUUAAUAUUAGGACUGCUUUCGAUUCAUUGAAUAGAGUUGAUUGUUAGUGAGAAAAUUACCGACGUUUUGAAUCCUUGUUUAAAAUCACUUGAGGUAAAUUGGGGUUAUACAAUCACCUAUCCCUAGUGUCUUUGACGACCAAUGGGUUUAAAUAGAGCUGUUCAGUUGUGUCACUCCUCUUUAACUUUCCCUGAUGGUUGGUUUAUUUAGUAUUGUUUACUAGAUGAUGUUUCGAGCACAAUUUACUGCUCAUAAUCAAAUAAAGGUAGUCAUAAAACUUUCAUAUUUAUCGAGUGCCGUGUUCCUUCGUUUUUAUUAGCAGCAGAAUUUUCCGAAUAUAUGCAAUUGACUUUGAAUCAUUCUGGUCGCUGCAUGCAUUUGAUAUUGAUUCGAGAAAAAAGAUUCAGUAAUCGGUCUCCAUUUUACUCUAUUUGACUUUAGAACUUUCAAUCUACCUCACCCGAUAGUGUAACUAUGAGUUAAUGUAUGCAUUGACACCGCUGAGUCAUUUUACAGAUUACUUAUUUUAUUGUAAUCAACAUCCAGUGCAUGCAACAGUAAAUGGUUCAACUGAACUAUAGCAAUAUUCGUACAUGUUAAGUAUUGUUGUUUAUUUGUCAGUAGAUUAUAACGUCUUUUCUGCUCCAGUGGUGUAUGGCAUCGUACCGCAAUAUCCAGGAAGUCUUCAUUAAUUUCCCUGGGUAAAUUUAAGCCUGAUGAAAAUAUUAAUAGGUGAAAAGUUCUAAUUAGGAAGUUGUAAUUGUAGCAUCACAUUCCUGUUUAUAGCUUUUAUGCAACACAAAAACCCACCUCAAAUAGCAUUCCAGUGCCAAAAAUACUCGUAUGUCACUGAAUCAAAAUAAUUAUCUGUGUAGUUAGGUGUAAUAAUCAGAUCGCAUAUGAUACUUAUUCAUUGAUAUAAGUAUAAAACUUGGGCGCUGUGGUAUAGUAUAAUUCCAUUAUGGAGAAAAUUUUAUUUUGAUAAAGUCUCACGGAGCUAUACAGUAACAUUUACUGAAACCGGUCAUCAUCUCCUUGGUACAAAAGUUUUGUUAGCAUUGGCAGUGUAAUCUCAUCUGUCAGAAUUCUAUUUGUGUGCAUAUACUUCCUAACUUUAGGGCAUUAUUUUCUCUACAUUAGUUUGAUGUUGUCCAAAUUUCGACCGUUGUUAACAACAUCUUGCCAAAGAAUACCACUAUUUGGAAACAGAAUUGUUAUUUUCAGAGAGACUAACUGUUUUGGGUCUUAAAGUACAAAGGAUAAAUUUCAAUGAUAACUAUCCGCUGUAUUGUUGUAAAUUACUUGUGGGCAUAUUUUUGAAGUGUGUUAGGCAUCCGGAUUAUUUACAAGCUUUUCAUCUGGAUAGUUGUUUAUGCACGUUAAUUGUAGUCGUACGUGUAAAGAUGCUUUUGACUGAUACAUUUCCAUCAUGUAAUUGUCUGUCUUAUUCUUGAUCUUUGCUUAGUUUGAUGCUUCUAUUGAAAUAAGAUAAUUAUCAGCUGUUUAAAAUCUAUUGGGAAGAUUGAAUAUUGUUUUUGUGAAUAGACGAGUGUUUUGGGGUGUGAUUGGGAGGCAGAUUUCGCUAACAUCCUAAUUGUUUUCUUCCACUUGAAAGUACAUGAGGAGUGUGAUUUUCUGACGAGUAGUCUUACAAAUAUAACCUACCAAAUCGAUAAUCGGUUUUUAGUGUUUCUUGACUGUGCUUUGAAUAACAGACUUGAUUAUCUGGUUUUCCUUUGUCAAAGUUCGAAGAACUAUAGGAUAAUUGAUAUACCUUAUUUGUUCGAAUAUCUAGGUAAUUGUUGAUAUUCUUCAUUAUCCAG